AGGCGUUUGCUUAUGAAGCUCCGAAGCUCGUGAUGGGUCAGCUUUUCGCCAAACUCCUGAGCAUUUUUGGAAGCCGCGAGCAUAAGGUGAUAAUUAUUGGAUUGGACAAUGCUGGAAAAACUACCAUCCUUUACCAGUUCCUAAUGAAUGAAGUCGUGCAUACCUCACCUACAAUUGGAAGCAACGUGGAAGAAAUCAUCCUGCACAAGACACAUUUCCUGAUGUGGGACAUUGGUGGGCAGGAAAAUAUGCGGUCUACUUGGAACACCUACUAUUCCAACACAGAGUUUGUCAUCCUUGUGAUCGAUAGCACGGAUCGUGAGAGGCUGACAGUGACGAAAGAAGAGCUGUAUAAGAUGUUAGCUCACGAGGAUCUGUGCAAUGCAGCUGUGUUGAUAUUUGCCAACAAGCAAGAUGUAAAAAACUCCAUGUCUACCUCUGAGAUUUCUAAGUUCCUCACUCUGAGCUCCAUCAGAGACCACCCAUGGCAUAUUCAAGGGUGCUGCGCACUCACAGGAGAGGGCCUUCCUGCUGGUUUAGAAUGGAUGAUUUCUCGAGUUGCUGCCAAGUGAUCUCAGCCAAAACUACUUUGGGACUGUGGAAAAACAAACCAACCCUUAUAUUUAUUUCCACUUUGCAAAACACUCAGGAUCUGUUGGACCUCAGUUAGCUUUCCUCCCUUCUCCAAAGCCAUCAGUAGUUGUUUUUAUACUUUCUUAGAAAACGUCGUGUUAUAGGAGGUGAUGCGUUCAGCCCGCAGAGAGAUUCUUCCUGGACUUGGAUCCGAUGGUAUCACGGUGGAAAGUCAGUUUACUUCACAGUACUACGUGGCUUUGCUUUUAGACCUUUCCAGGCAGAAUUGGACAUCAUGCCAUGAAAAGUGUAAGUCCUGUGAAGUGAAGUAAGGUUAUGGAAAACUAUUGAGCAAAAAAGACAGCAAUGCCUUCCGUCUCCCCACCACUAAAACAUUUUGUAUUAUCACUGUGGAAACAACAGCAAAGAGGGUGGAAUGUUAUUAUAGGAAAUGUUAUUUUAUGAAUUUCAUUCUGCCUAGUGAGACACUUGGACCGCCUUCCAAAUCCAGAAGUGCCUAAGGAACUUUUGGGACACGUGUCUUCAAUUCCUCAUCUUCUCCUAGGACUGCUUGCUCUCAUUUCAUUUUGGACCAUGUCCAAUAAAUAACAUGAGUGCUGUGUUGCUUUUUUAGCAUUUCCCCAGUCCCUCUUUUUUGUCCAUCCCGGGCUCUGUGUGUGUGUGUGUGUGCGUGCGCAUGCAUAUGUGUGUGAGAGAGAUCCAUAUUAGGAAACAGUCAUUUCAGCUGCUGUUUUUGGAGGAUUCCUUUCAAACAGGUCAAGGCAAGUUUGGGAGAAGAAAAUCUGUAAGUUCAGGCAAAACAAUGGCUGAAUUGCCAUAAAAGAGAAAGUUCAGUCUCUGAGCCUGUCUUUCCCUCCUUUAAGGAGGACAAUAUUUGAGUUGUCAUAAAGUUUCUGACAUUCUGACAAUUUAAUCAUAAUCAUAACCCAAAUAUGAUUAUACAUGUUACUUCUGGUCUUGGAAAUGCUCACUAUCCAUCUGUAAGACAGAUAGACUUGGAAGCAAGGGAGAUCUGAUGCUACGUGUCCUGCCAAAAGAAUUUCUCCUUUGUAGAGUUUAUUAUGUAUAAAUGCCAUUAACACCAUAUUUAGUUUGACCUUUUGUGCAACAGAAUGGCGUAGUACAGUGGGCUCUACCACUUCAGACUACAGAUAGGGGAGCUUCCAAAAGUAAUUUCAUCCAAGGCUUUUUUAAAAAAAAAACAUCCUGUAAACAAGGAGAAAAAGAGCUGUUAAGAUUUUAACAUAGUUCUUUCCUCCCUAGCAUGCUCUUAAUGUAAAGCAGUGUUUCUCAAACUUGGCCACUUUAAGAUGUGUGGACUUCAACUCCCAGAAUUCCUCAGCCAGCCAUGUUUGAGAAACACUGAUGUAAAGGAAUAUUCAAAAAUGUGAUUCUCUGACCUAAAUUUUGUUGAGCAGCUUUUUUUUUUUUCCUUUCUCACUAUGCAAUCAACUCAUCAUUAGAUGUAUAGACCAAGACACCGGAAGGAAGGGGGCAAAAAUGUAUUAGAGCCUUCUUCAACAUAAUGCAAAAUCCUAUCUGUUUUGGAACUGCCAUUCCCAGACUUGGAACUGUGGGAAAUCUGAAUUAAACACACCUGGGAAACUUCAGUUUCUUAACAGCGAAGUGACCAGAAGUCCCAUUUGAAGGUUGUAUGUUACUUCAUGAAGUUACAGGAAUAUGUGCUUUAUCAUUAGAAGUCUUGGCACUGUUUAAACAAAUGUUAUUUGUGUCUUCUGUGUCCAAAUGUAUUAUGAUGGAGGGGAUUUUUAAAAAUAUUUCUAGAU